UGUGUGUUACUGAGUGUGUCACUGCGAUUGUUUUCAAGCUCAGACGAGUCUGUAGACCACAUGCUUUACAAUAAACGUCCGUCUGUUGCUGAUGUUGGUAUCACAGCUUAUAUCUAGCAUCUAGCACAUGAUGCAAUAACAGCUUGCAACACGAGGUCAUUGUUUUCUAAGCAAUUAGCCGACAUUCUGCAAGUGGUGGCAGCCCCCAAAGAGUAUUUAAAUGAUGGAAACUCCUACUGAAACCUAUUCUGAUGCCCACGUGCCAUUGUGUUUGUUGUCCACAGGUUGUACUGAAGGAUUUGUUACAUUUACAGUCUUCGUGUGUUUUACAGGAGCAGCUGAGCCUCGCGAUGGGCGCCGUGUCUGUAACGGUUCUGACUGUGACACUGGCAUUCAGUCUGUACUCGAGGACAAACUCGUUGCCACAGCUGUCACACAGCCAGAAGGUGACUCGCACGCUGACUGAAGGCAAACAACGGUCGACACUCUUAAACAGAGUCUCACAAGAUACACAAGCUGACCAGAAGGUUCCAGAAUGCUCUGGUCAACAAAUCACUCAGGAUGCCUUUGUGGCUGACUAUCUGCUGCUCGGCUACAACAGCCUCAAGGGAAACCCUCUCAGGUCAGGUCGUGACCCCGGCUUCACCCUCCCCAUCUUUUCUACUGAGUACAACAGCGGUCACGUGACUCCAGACUGUCGCUCCAACGUACCGGAAGGUGUGAUUGUGUCAUCAGAUGUGUCAUGUGUCACAUCCUUCACCUCCAAGGUGGUGGCGACGCCGUACGACCUGACCAAGCUGCUGAGUGUCACCGCGCACGUUGGUGAUGUCGGGUGGGGGCCUUCAUUCUCGGCAAGUGACGACUUCAGGACCCUCUCCCACAAACUGCGAGACAACAUCUUGGUCGUCUCAACAGCCACGUGCAGUUCGUACCACGUGACACUUUCACCGCUAGAACCGCCGCCAUUUAGCUCGGUGUUUCUCCACUGGAUCCUCAAACUCACUGACACUGACGACGACGACGUGUACCUGGAGUUCCUCCACACCUUCGGCACACACUUCGUGUCACGGGCCCGCUUCGGGGCGUCGUUAACUCUCGUGCACACCAUGGAGGACAGCGACUACCGGCGGCAAACACAGAGUCACGUGACGGCGGCCGCCACCUACUUCGCUGCUGCGCGACUUGGACACUCCCUGACCUUGACCCCUCAUCAGCAGGAAGCAGCGGACAAGUUUGCAAAUGAAGUGGAGACAACGACGAUCGCUGUUGGGGUUCCUCCACCUGCUGACCUCACGAGUGUCACGUGGCUGACGUCAGUGAGGGAGAACCCUAUGGCCAUCAGCUAUGACCUGACCUCUGUGGAGAGCCUCUUUUCCGAUCCCUUGAUGGGUAAAGACAGUCGUCUAAAGCGCUACGCCAUUGAUCACGUCAGGGUCAAGGCCAAGCUCGCGGCUAUGAAGGACAAAUAUUGUCAGAAGCUGAAGAGAGAGGGCCUGGUGCUGGACUGUGAACAAGUUGCGGGGGUAAAGCUGCUUCAAACAAAGCUCAUCGGGCGCUCGAGACUGAGAAACGUGACCUCAGCUAACCAAUGUGUGGAGAAAUGUUAUCAACUUCCGGGCUGCGUGGCUGUCACGUAUUGUGCUAAGUGUGACAGCAACGAGGUAGGACACAAGGACUGUCACAUGUUUAGGGUUGACGACAUCCACAGCGCCGUGACCGACCCUCAGCGGCAGACGACCAUCUUGACCAACAAACUACAAACACUUCUGAUGCUGCACAAUACCUCGACUGUUGCUGAGUCUGACAACAUCACCGUGACCUCAGCGCGUGAGUGCAUGACCUCGUGCAGUGAAGAUGACUUGUGUCUGGCCUUCACCUUGAGUGACAGUCACGAGCCCAACAUGACAUGUUCUCUCCACUCGGACUCUCUUCUUCUGUCCUUCAAACAGUCAACAGAGAAUAAUGUGUUUUUCCUCGCGUGGCAUCACAAAAGUAUCUCAAGAAUUACACAAACUAACAGUUUUCCCACAUCCUCCUUGACGAAGGACUUGUUAACAGACUGUGUCAUCGACGACGAUUGCUCCGAUGAGAACGCGAUGUGUUCUAUUGGCAGGUGCCUCUGUCUUCCUGGUUUCUUCUUCUCAUCACGUGACAACAAAUGUCUGACUACAUGCAGACCACGUGACCUACAAGACACCUUCAUGGAGUAUUCUGAAAGCGAAAUUAAAGGACAUAUUCUCGCCACUCAAGAUGGAAUAAAGCUGAAAACAUGCAAGAAACUGUGCGUCAGUACUGAUCAUUGCUUAACCUUUGACUUCAGAGACACAGGAGGGCGCUGUGUGCUUCAUGAUGUGACGUCACGUGAGGCUGUGUCAGGAUGGUUUCCUCUGACCAGUACAGGGUGGACUCACUACCAGAGAACUUGCCUGAAGUCAGCCGCCUCCUACCCGGGUCCAGCCUGGUACAACUCGUCUUGUACCCAAGACACGGACUGUCCUGACCCAUUCAGCCUCUGUUCGUCGGGCAGGUGUCUGUGUGCACUGGGCGACUUUUCUUCUAAAAAGGAAGUCACGUGUCGUGCUGCAGAGUCGUGCGGCGAAUGGCAGAAGGCAGGAGCCAAGUCUGGUGCGCACUUCAUUCGACUGAAAGACAAGAAGGAGACGAGUAGAGUGUGGUGUGACAUGGACUCCAGUGGCGGAGGUUGGCUGGUGUUCCAGAGACGCCGUGACGGUUCUGUUGACUUCUACAGGAACUGGACACAGUAUGAAGACGGCUUUGGUGACGUCACCGGGGAGUUCUGGCUGGGUUUAUCAAGGCUUCACACCCUGACCAAAGGGAGACCCACCCGACUGCGUGUAGACCUCGGCGAGGUAAAUGGACAUCGUCACUACGCUGAGUACUCGACAUUCAGGGUGGACGGUCCUGAGACAAACUACAGACUGACCGUGUCCGGCUACUCGGGUGACGCGGGUGACAGCAUGGAGAAUCACAACAACCAGAGUUUUUCAACGUUUGACCGAGACAACGACAAGGACUCUGCUAACUGUGCCUCUCUCCGUCACGGCGCCUGGUGGUACAACGCCUGUCUCUACUCUAACAUCAACGGCCGAUACAAGGCUGACGGGGCCUCGAGUUCUGACGGCAUGAAGUGGUUUUACACCCACAAUGACUGGAGGGGCUUCACCUUCAGCGAGAUGAAAGUACAACCAGUGUAACACCGCCUUGUCUCCUGUACUCUCACUGCUUACACCCUCAGUCUACUGUACACCACACGUGACACUCGUGAUGUCACCUCAGUGCAGAUGACUGGUCUCGCAACUUGAUGAUGUUGCUAAAUUUAUUUCAAUCUAGUUUUGCUUGCGUAAAUCAAGACGAUUUAAAAGCAAACAAGUGUUAAUUUUCAAUCAUGAAAUUAAAAUAUUUUUUGUGCGUAAAGAUAACCGAUGGUUUCAUCUUCAAAAUAAUACACAAGCACAGAGACUGAUUGUAUCAAAUACUGUUGUUUAUUUGUGUCACUGAUGACAACAACACAAGACUUAAAUUGCAUUAUAGAAAAUUUCUAUAAAGUUCCACUGUGUCCUUGGUUUCCCUGUAUUUAACUGAAAGCUUAGACAGACUUUUAAGAUAAGUAGACUUUUCAAAUAAACAAAUAUAAUGAUUGUCAAAGGUAAAUUGAUAUUGAUAUCAAAGGAAUUAAAGAUGCAAGCAAUA